AUGAGUGCUCAUCCAUUGGCUCCACAAAGAUUAGUUCGUCGAUGUGCUGAUACUUUUAAACCAGCAUUCAAUAUUAUCAAUUAUCAUUCGACUAUACCAUCUUUUUUACGUGAAAAAUAUCAUAUAUUCUUUGGUGAUUUACUUGAACGUUUAAAAGUGGAUAUGACUAUUAUGGAUUAUAAUUAUACACGUUUAAAUCAAUAUUUGAGAAUGUUAGUUUAUGAACAAAUACGUGUAUUACAUCUUCGACUACAUGAAAUUCAACAAAUCGAUGAAAAAGAAUAUCCACUUACAUUGAAAUUCUUUUUACAAUUUGAUGUCAACAUGUUCAAUAUGAAAACAUAUUCAUUUCGUUAUACUCGACCACGCACAUUAAAUGAAGGUCUUUUUUGUAUACGAGAACCAGACGCUCGUUAUGAAUUAGCUGCAUGUGUCAAGCUCUCAUGUCAUACACGAAAUAUUAUUUAUGCAUUAACAUGUCCAUGUGGUAAACAUGAUUAUAUUGGUGUAACUACACAAAGUUUACAUGAUCGUCUAAGAAAACAUCGUGAACAUGGUAAUCGAAUUAUGGAUGAAUGUUUAUUACGAGAAGAAAAUAUUAAAUCAAAACAUCGUAUGAAACUUUAUCAACAUUCGGCACGAUGUCCAGUAGCUAUGCAAUUUUUUUUGGAUGCUAAUCCACAAUAUUGGCGAUUUGUACCAAUGACAUUAGAAGAAUCAACAAGACCUGAACAACAAAUGGUUACACCAUAUACUUUUUCUGAAGAAUUCAGUUGGACUAUACGAUCUAAAGAAGAUACUAAAGUUUAUGUUGAUGCUGUUCCAAAACCACCGAAAGGAUUAACUUUUUUCAAUCGACAAAUCAUGUUACAAACACGAUAUUUUCAUAAGACACGAGAUAGAACCUUGCCAAAUCAAGAUAUUGACGUAUAUGAUGCCACAAUUCUAGCUGUAUUACCAGAAACUUGUUCAGAUAUGUUUCGUUUUACUAUUGAAUCUUUAUUCAUUACUUAUGCUGAAACAAAUCUCAAUUCAAUUGGUAAUGUUUUGAAUGCGAAUCAAAAUGGUGAUCAUUAUCCUAUGAAUGAUCCUUGGUUGAAACAUCGAGUAUUAUUCGAUUGUUCAAUGUCGACACUGUUGCAUCCACCAAAACCAGUAUGGUCUUCAAAACGACUUGAUCAAGUACAAGAACGACGACCGAUUAAAGAUCCGAUUUUCAUCUAUUUGAAUCCUAUGGAUAUAGUUCAAUAUAGAAGUCAUGGUAGUAGUAAAUGA